GCCACCUACGAGGAACUGGCUGAUCUAGUGGAGUCGACAGUUAGCAGAAGGGUGUACGAGAGGUUGUCUGAGGAGCAUCGCCACUUGCAGGAGGUCCACGAGACUGUGUCAGCGGAGCUCAAACGCGCGAGAGAAGAACUGGCCUCCAAGCUUGCAUCUUCUGUUCCACUUACGGAGCAUGAAACCCUCCAGUCCAAGUGUUGCCAACUUGAAGCCGAUUGCCACCAUCUCAUCAGCCAAUUAGAAUCCACUGUUCCGAAGGCUGAACUCGAAACGCUGCAAGAGGAACACCGUCGUCUGGAGUCCGAGUACGCGGACCUGUCGCAGGAACUGGAGACGAUGAAGGAGGAAAUGGCAUCUAAGAUAGCGGCCUCCGUUCCGCUAACGGAUUAUGAAGCCCUCCAGUCCAAGUGUUCCAAACUGCAGGCUGAUUGUAACCGUCUGUUCAACCAACUGGAAUCCACUGUUCCCAGGUCUGAGCACGAAACGCUGCAAGAUGAACACCGUCAUUUGGAGUCAGAGUACGCGAACCUGACACAGGAACUGGAGAAUGGGUCAGAGGAAAAGGAGUUGUGGGCGUCUCAAAGGCAUGUUUUAGUGGAUUAUAAUAAUACCUGCUCUAUCGUAUAA